ACACUGCACCCUGCUGGCAGCAGCAAGUACUGUACACAUAGCUAUGUGCCAGAGUGAAAACCAGGCUGUGUCCAUGCAGCAGUGUGUAUCUGUGCAUGUCAGUUAAUGGCUUUGGCAGCUAGCCUUUCCCUGCUUCCAGAGCCUUUCAUGGUGGCAUGGAAAGGCUUCAGCAGCAGGACGAUGCACUACUAAAAAUAGCAGUGUAGCUGGGGGAAGCACUGCUUGGGUAUGCAGAGAGCUGGGUAGGGUACAUACCGCAGUGUUUGGACACUGCUAUUUAUACCUGUGCUAGAGGGGCAUGCAGUGUAUAUACUCGAUGUGCUCCCGUAUGUAGUAUGCAGUGUAGACAUACCCUUAGUGUUCCUCUUCAGGGCCCGCAGUAAACUACACACAGGCUUCUCUCUGUUCAACCUCCGCUCCUUAGGGGCUGGGUUUAUUAACUUCAGAGUCUCCAGAUAGAGUCUGUGAAGUUCAGCUCAACUGGCUGCUUUUAGUAGGCCACUCCCAACCCUUCCUGGAGUUCUUUUCUUUUCCCCUGUAGUCUGCACCAGGAGCCUCUUGCUCACUGCUGCUGUUACACUGUAUGCCACAGUUUCCUGUUCCCCUUUCUUGACAGAGACCAGCUGUCGUCUAUCAUGUGCCACUGUGAGAUGGGUAAUGAGGCACACGGGUGGGCUGAACCAACUCCUUCUUAAGGCAUGUCUACAUUGCGCCGCCCCGCCCCGCCCCCCCCCCCAAAAAAAACAAACAAACAAAAAACCGAACGAACCCAUGGCAGCAAGUCUCAGAGCCCCCAGCAACUGACGCGAGCUCAUGUGACGGUUAAAAAGAGCAGUGUAGAAGUGCCCACUCAGGCUGGAGCCCCCACUUUUGGGUUACAGAGCUCGGGCAUCAGUGCAACUGGGAACAUCCACACAGCUAGCUGUUUUUAGCUCCAAGCCAGCAUCAGCUGACCUAGGUUAUGAGACUUGCUGCCAUGGCGUUUUGUCUUUUGUUUUUGUGUGCAGUGUAGAUGUACCCUCAGUGUCCACCCUGUGACUCUGAGUUAAGAGCCACACCAGGUUAGACCUCCCACACUUAGGGAAUGGCUUCUUCCCUUAUAGCCGUAAAACCCCUCCUGUGCUGGUGAAGUGGCUGCUCUUGCUACCUUGGGAGCAGCAGCGCAGAAUUUGCUGUGAAGUCCACUGACAAUCUUUGUAGAUCUGUUCUCUGCAGUAAGUAAGCAUUCAGUAGGUAUGGUCACACCAGCAAAACCUCAGAUAAGGCUGCCUGCUAUAGCUGCAGCUGGGUUUAAGCAUAGACUGUAGUUGGGUGUCUCUUAUCACCAGCAUGCAGGACCUUUCCUGUGUGAGUUGAGCUCACUUAGCCACACCUCUGGCUGCUGGGAGCAUAUUUGCAUUAUGAAAUUAUCAGCAAAAACACCCUUGUACUCUGUCAGCAACUCCUCAUGUUUACACAGUUGCAGGUAACCUGGUUCCAAUCUCUGUGUAGACAUGACCUUUGAGUCCUAGACUUGUCCUAGGUAGGGUAUCCCUUGGUGAAUGAUGGACUUUGGAAAAACUUCAUUCUGGACAGCUGUUUUUUACAGUAAAUGGUUAUUGUGAAACGUUGCCACACUCAAGUGCAUGGGAGCAAGACUGAGGGAUGAAAUAGCCUGUCAGCGCUUUACUGCCCAUGGGAGGAGGAGUCUCCCUAAGGCACUUGCCCUUGGAGUGUGUGACGCAUACUGAGCUGACCAGAAAGGAAGAAAGCUUCUAAAGGUUCUAUGCACAAACAUUACCCGGAAGAGGAAUAGCUGCAGGGACAGCUUGGCUUCUGUUUGAACUUCAGAUAAUCCCGGGGGGGACGUAUUAAAAUGAAGAGCCCUAGGACUUUUGAGGAGCAAACCGAGUGCAUUGUGGAGGCACUUCUCUCUGAUCUCUUAGGGGAAGACGAAGGGACUGCUUUCCACAGUCUGGAGACAGACUCUUCUGCUGAGUCAUGCACAGGUUGUACCCCCUUUCCCUGCUCUCUCUCUGCCGUCUUAGAACUUCAGCUCUCUGCGGGAGCAGAAGCUUCAAGUACCUUUGAUUCGGUUAUUAUUGCCAGUCAUCUGCGUAGACUGGGAGAUGAAUAUAACGAGGACCUGGAGCGGCCUGCCCAGCGCAUCAUUGCCGAGGUGGCUAAGGGAAAGGUAGAGGAAUUUGGAGUCAUGGUGGAUUCUCUCAGCAAGAGUUGGAGCAGCCUGAAUCCUGAGCUGGGCUAUGAGAGAGCUUUUCUGGCAGUGUCUGUGAAAUUGUUAGUGUACCUUUCCCGGAAAGUUCCAGCUGUGGCUCGUCAAAUCCAGCUUGUGGAACUGAUUAAUGGGAACCGUGAAGUGAGAGGAUACAUCGAGACCCGUGGUGGCUGGGAGAACUUUGGAAACUGAUGGAAAAGGCUACACUGCCUCCAAGGGAAUGAAAUGGCAGCUUUCAGUGACUUGACUUAAAACUAUUAAACUGUUUUCUGAAAA